UCCGCUAGGCGGCCAGUGCGCCGGGAGCUCGGAAUCGGAAAGUGGAGCUUGCGGAGGGCUUGGCGCGCCGGGGAACGUUGGCGAGCUAUGGGGAAAAGGAAACAGUCAGAGGGGGGUGACCCCUUAGACCUACCUGUGUCCCCUCAACCCGAUGGUGAGCAGAGCAGGAGCCAGAGCCCAAUCCAGCUGGAGGACUCCCCUGAGGCAGGCGGGGAACUGGAGGAGGAGCAGGAGCGAGAGGAGGAGCAGGCCUUCCUGGUCAGCCUCUACAAGUUCAUGAAGGAGCGACACACGCCUAUUGAGAGGCUGCCUCAUCUCGGCUUCAAGCAGAUUAACCUGUGGAAGAUCUACAAGGCAGUGGAGAAGCUGGGGGCCUAUGAGAUGGUGACCGGCCGCCGUCUCUGGAAGAACGUGUAUGACGAGCUGGGGGGCAGCCCAGGCAGCACCAGUGCGGCCACGUGCACGCGCCGCCACUAUGAGAGGCUUGUCCUUCCAUACGUGCGGCACCUGAAGGGAGAGGAUGACAAGCCACUGCCUCCCUCCAAGCCCAGGAAGCAAUACAAAAUGGCCAAGGAGCCUCGGGGGGAUGAUGGGGCCACUGAGAGGCCAAAGAAGGCCAAGGAGGAGAAACCAGUGGGCCAGAUGAUGCCAGGAAAGAACAAGAUGGACGUGGUCGAUCUGGUGAGGCCCUCCAGCCAAGAGCACCCCCAGGAUGGCACUGAACAGCCAAGCCCAGCUCUCGGGUCCUCUCUACCCUUCGUGGGUGUCAGCGGCUGCCCUGAGGCCUACAAACGGCUCCUGUCCAACUUUUACUGCAAAGGGACCCAUGGGAUCAUGUCGCCACUGGCCAAAAAGAAGCUCCUGGCUCAGGUGAGCCGGGCAGAAGCCUUGCGGUGCCGGGAGGAGAGCUGCUGCCACGGGGCAGGCAGCCCUGAUGGGGAGCCCCAGGUGUCCCCAGCUGCUUGCCCCCCAGAGAGUCCUCGGAGCCCAGGAGGGCCACCUGAGAACCACAGGCACCGGCUGGCCCCUCAGGAGGGACCACAGGCUUCUGGUGGCAGCCUCAGGGAGGAGGCUCAGGAGGGCCCCCACCCACCAGCCCCCAUCUUCACUGGCUGUUUCCAUGCCUAUCCCACCAAGGUUCUGAAGCCCAUCAGCCAGCACCCCCGGGACUUCUUUCCCCAUCUCAAAGAUGGGGUGCUCUUGGGGUCCCCUGGCAAAGAGGAGGGGCUGCCGGUGAAAGAGCCAUCGUUGGUAUGGGGUGGGGAUGUCAACCGUCCCUCUGCAUUCCACAAAGGUGACUCCAGAAAAGGCAGCCUCUAUCCCAAGCCCAAAGCCUGCUGGGUGUCCCCCAUGGCCAAGGUUCCUGCUGAGAGCCCCAUGCCCCUUCCCACCUUCCCCGGCAGCCCAGGCCUCAGCAAGCGCGGCCAGGAGGAAGAGGGCUUUGCUCCUGGUGGCAAAAAACUGCGGGCAGUGUCUCCCUUUCUCAAGGAGGUGGAUGCCAAGGAGUGUGGGGUCAAGCCCAUGGGGCCGGGCUUGGCUGUCUCCUGCCUGCUUAGUCCAGCCCUGGGGCCUGCCCUCCCAGAUGCCUGCAGGGGCACCAUGCUGCGCUGCCCACUGAACUUCACCAGCACCCCGGACCCCUUAAAAGGCCAGGCUACGCUCCCCUUCAGCCCCCUGGUCAUCCCAGCCUUCCCAGCUCACUUCCUGGCCACUACAGCACCCCCACCCAUGGCCACUGGCCUUAUGCACUUUCCUCCAGCAUCCUUUGACAGUGCCCUCCGCCACAGACUUUGCCCAGCUUCGUCUGCAUGGCACAUGCCACCUGCCACAACCUAUGCAGCACCCCACUUCUCUUUCCACCUUAACACCAAGCUAUAGGUCAGAGUUUGCCAUUCUGCAGAGGGUCUGACACAGCCCGAGAUGGGCAUACUGCCAGGGGACUCUGGGCUGGAAGCCCAUUCUGCAAGAGAGCUUGGCUGUGCCCAAUGCAGGAAUGGGCCCUUGGCAGGGCAGCCUGACACAGGGAGGCAGUGGGAAAAAUGGGUUUGUCUCCCAGUCACAGCCUGAGUCUGGGGGCUGGGAUCCAGUUGUAGGAAGGCCUUGGGAAGAGACAGUGCAGGGUUGGCAGCUCCCAGCUGGGGCCCCCAGAGUGGAGGCCAGUAAUGGGGUGAGGGGCUGAGAAGCCAGAUAGCAGCUUGGGGCAUCCAGGUGCCCACAGAAAAUCCAAUAAAAUGCCAGUGUGAAUCUA